AUGCACCCAAACACAUCCUUCAUAUCUCUCCUCCUCCUCCUUCUCACACCACCCACCCACGCCAAAAAACCCUCUGCCUCCCAUCUCAACCUCAACCUCAACCCCCGCGCAAUCCCCCCAAUCCCCAGACCCGUCCCAGCCGCCCCGAUCCCCAAACCAAUCUCCAUCCCCAGACCCAUAGAACCCUUCACGCCCAACCCCAACAACCCGGACCGCAUCCCCGCCGCUGACCCAGAACCCGUCACAAAUCCAAACGGGACCAAGCCACCAAAAGACGAUAAACCAGAUGCACCAGACAGCCCGGAUGGUCCCGACAAUGAUACCAAUAGCCCCGAUUCUGAUAAACCGGAUGUUGAUCCCAGCGACAUCCUCGAUCUAGAAGAUGGAAGUAAUGGGCCUGAUGAUAAUGAGAGUUCUUCGACGACGACUAGGACGAGGGGGGUGUAUGUGGGUCCUGCGACGGCUACGCGUUCGGGGGUUACGAGUACGAGUACGGGUUUGAGUUUGAGCACCAGUACGGGGACGCCGGCGACGACGCUGACGGGAGCGGCGGCGUGGAAGAGCUUUAUUGAUGCUGGGCCGAGCCCGACGGUGGAGGGUGCGCCUGUUUCGACGCCUAUCAUGGGGGGUGCUGGGAGGGUUGAGGCGCUAGGACUGGGAAUGGUGAGUUUGGCUGUUUUAGUCUGGUCUUCGUGA